UCUGGUGUCUUUUUAUAAAUUGACAAAACUGUUGAUACAAUUUGUGGAUUUUUGAACGAACAUUUAAAACAAUAGUUACUUUCUUAAGACCAAUAACACAGCAAAAUAUAUUAAGGGUAAUCUCUUUAUCACAAAAUCUCUACUGAAUUUGUAUUAUUAAAGCAAUUGAUGUUAUACUUCAUACGGUGUUAAUUAGACAGGAAUUUAUACAUGUGAAGCAAAACAAAUCAGUUUAAGAGUAAUGAUGAAUUUAAAAGCCGUAUUAGAAAUUUUAGUAGUAAUGCUAGCUGCAGGGACAUCUUUUGAUAUUAACAUAUAUCGCAAGGAUGAAACAUUGCUUGAUGUGCUGUGUCCAAAAGAAGCCAGUUUAGAGUUUGGAUCAUCAAGGACAGUACAAGAAUGUGCAAACAAAUGUCAUCUCGUUACAAAUUGUGGAGGUUUCUUCUAUAGCAAGCAACAGAAAUACUGUAAAGGUGUACUUGGAAUUCUAUCUUCUAACGUCACAUGCAAUACUACGAUGGGGUUUGCUUAUUACAAGAAAACUGAAUGUGUCAACUACGGAUCAACAUAUAACAAGUACGCAAACAAAGCGCUUCAGGAUACUUCUCCGAUAUUGGAACAAACGACGAUCAAAACCUGUAAAACAUCUUGCUCUUACAAGAUAAGUUGUCGAGGCUUCAACUAUUAUAACGAUAGAAAACUUUGUCAGAUAGUGGAAAUUACUCCUUUGUCACAUCCAGAUGCAUAUCUGAACUUCCCGCUUAUAGACUAUUAUCAAAGAAAUUGUGUGGGGGAUAAAAAGAAGAAUGAAUCAAAAUUGAUAAACUGUAGUAGUGUUUUAUUUGUUAUUGUGUGUUCUACUCAAUUGUUUCGUCUUUGUAACGAUUAAAUCACAAAU